AUGGGUGACAAGAACAUGUACACCAGUGCUAUGGGAUUACUCCUCAUCACCCUGAGGUACAGCUUUAGUAUUGGAGGUCUGGAGGAGUGCGUCUUGAAGUCGGCCACCCUGUCAACCUCCCCUGCCUGCCCGCCCUUCAUCCCUCUCAACAUAGAGGCCAUGCCCAUUGUACGGGUUGCCAUAGAACCCAAACAUCCAAGUGAGAUGCCAAAGCUAGUGCGUGGGAUGCGUUUGUUGAACCAGGCAGAUCCUUGUGCUGAGGUUCUGAUCCAGGAAACAGGAGAGCAUGUUCUGGUCACUGCUGGUGAGGUUCAUCUCCAACGCUGCCUGGACGACCUCAAAGAACGGUUUGCUAAAAUUGAGAUCAGCGCGUCCAAGCCCAUCAUUCCAUUCAGAGAAACAGUGGUACGUCCACCAAGAGUAGACAUGGUGAAUGAAGACUUGGGCCAUCAGCAGAAAGUAGCCAUCAUUUACCGGGUGAAAGAAGAGGCCUCUCAGGGUCGGUCGUCUGACACCCUACAUGUGGACCCCAGUGGUCUGUUCACUCUCACCACUCCCAACAGACUGGCCACUGUCAGCGUCCGGGCUGUCCCCCUGCCACAAGAAGUGACCUGUCUGUUGGAGAGAAGCACAGAGCUCAUUCAGACUCUGGAGCAGGUUAACAUGUCCCUGAGGGAAGGGAAGAGUCUGGACGUCAGCCUCAGGACCCUGGAGGCAAUCACUGGAUUUAAAGCCCAGCUGGAGAGCCUGCUGCAUGGGAGGAAGUGGAGGAAUGCUGUGGAGCAUAUCUGGGCCUUUGGGCCUCGCAGAUAUGGUCCCAACAUUCUGCUGAACAGUGUGGAGGGCUACCAGCGGCCCUCGGUGUGGCAGUGUCUGGGCAGGGGAGACAAAGCUUUUGAGGCUCGAGCUCAGGCUGCUGUUAUACGAGACUUGGAUAACAGCAUCGUCAGCGGCUUCCAACUAGCAACUCUGUCAGGGCCCAUGUGUGAGGAGCCCCUGAUGGGAGUUUGCUUCUCCCUGGAGAGGUGGGACGUCCAGUCUUCAGCCCUGCCACAACAUCAGGACUCCUUGGAGGAGGACUCCAUAUCCCAUGAGGCUUUAGCACACAGCAAAGUGGAAGGAAGCAGUGAGACAUCUGCACAGGCAGAGGGCACAAAAGCAGGGCCGAGCCAGGCCAGGCGCAGGCCAGAGGCUGCCUUUGCAGACUGCUACGGGCCAGUCUCCGGCCAGCUGAUCGCUGCCAUGAAGGAGGCCUGCCGCCACGCCUUCCAGGCUCAGCCCCAGAGACUCAUGGCUGCCAUGUAUACCUGCGAGAUAAUGGCCACCGCUGAGGUGCUGGGCCGAGUAUAUGGUGUACUGGGGAAGCGAGAGGGUCGCGUCCUCCAUGAAGAAAUGAAGGAAGGGACAGACAUGUUCCUCAUCAAGGCCGUUCUGCCUGUUGCUGAGAGCUUCGGAUUUGCUGACGAGAUCCGCAAGAGAACCAGCGGAUUGGCCAGUCCACAGCUGGUCUUCAGCCACUGGGAGCUCCUUAGUUUUGCUGACGUAGAGAUGGAGGUUGUUGUCCUGGCACCAAGAUGUCAGGGCUCGGACCUCCUCACAUUACGCAUCUCGUCUCAGUCGGUGAUCAGGACGAUGACGGACGUGCCGUCAGCAAACUUGAUGAUGGUGUUGGAGUGGUAUGUGGCCACACAGUCGUGUGUGAACAGGGAGUAG